AUGUUUAUCAUCCCGUGGACUGAUCAGUCUGUCUGCAGUCAGCCUUGCCUUUGCUACAUGGAACCAAGAAACCACACCCAUUUCCCAGAAUUCAUCCUUCUGGGGCUUUCUGAAGAGGCAGAGCUGCAGCCCCUCCUCUUUGGACUGUUCCUCUCCAUGUACCUGGUCACCUUCACUGGGAACCUGCUCAUCAUCUUGGCCAUCACCACGGACUCCCGCCUCCACACACCCAUGUACUUCUUCCUCUCCAACCUCUCCUUUACUGACAUCUGUUUCACCUCCACCACUGUCCCAAAGAUGCUGCUGAACAUCCAGAUGCAGACCAAAGUAAUUACAUAUGAAGACUGUAUCACUCAGGUGUAUUUUUUCUUGCUUUUUGGGGGCUUAGACAACUUCCUAUUGACAGUGAUGGCCUAUGACCGGUUUGUGGCCAUCUGUCACCCACUGCACUACAUGGUUAUCAUGAACCCAAGGUUCUGUGGCCUCCUGCUUCUGGCCUCCUGGGUAUUGACGUUACUGGACUCUCUAUUAAAUGCUUUGUUGGUUCUGCGACUGCAUUUUUGUACAGAAUUGGAAAUCUCCCAUUUUUUCUGUGAACUUAAUCAGGUCUUCCAACUUGCUUGUUCUGACACCUUCCUCAAUGUCUUAGUGAUGUAUUUAGUAAGUGCACUUCUGUGUGUUAUUUCACUCACUGGGAUCCUUUUCUCUUACAUGAAGAUUGUGUCCUCCAUUUUGAAAAUUUCCUCAGCUGGUGGAAAAUAUAAAGCCAUUUCCACUUGUGGGUCUCACCUCUCCAUGGUUUCCUUGUUCUAUGGCACAGGUCUUGGGGUUUAUCUCAGUUCUGCCGCUGUUGAAAACUCCAGGUCCAGUGCAAUAGCUUCAGUCAUGUACUCUGUAGUCACACCCAUGCUGAACCCCUUUAUCUACAGUCUUAGAAACAAAGACAUAAAGCAAGCCCUAAGGAAACUUUUCUGCUGA